CCACCCACAAAAGCUCCAUCACCAUUCACCAACACAGGUGGCUGGGCUUCUGAAAUUCAGUUCAAAAGUGGGUCUCGCUCUCACCGCACUUCCUCCUCCACCACCACCGGUCCCCUCCUUCUCCGCCAAUUCUUAGUAUCCCUUCCUUUUCUUGUCUUCUUCCUCCAAAAUCCCUCCAUUCCCCAUUUCUCUAUCUCUGCUUUUUCCAUUGCAGAGAUUCCCUCCGCGUUGCGACGACCCGAGUCUCGUCUCACUCUCUUUCUCUUUCAGCUUCUCCUCCUCCCUCCUCCUCCUCUUCUUCUCCCUCUCUCUUUUAAAAAUCGAAAGCUAGAUCGCUCUCUUCCUCACCCCAUUCCUCUGCUUCUGCAUUCUGUGUGUGAGAGAGAUGAAGGGAGAGGCGAAGCACGAGAGGCGGUGGGGAUCGGAUUCCGUCCCCGCGAGGGCGGCGGCUCUCAGCAGCAGCAGCGCCGGGACUUCUCCGGUGAGCGAGGCGAUGAGCUCGGUGGCCGGGGCGGAGGAGGAAUUCGUGGAAGUCACGCUCGAUUUGCAGGACGAUGAUACGAUUAUACUCCGGAGCGUGGAGCCGGCGACGGUAAUCAACAUCGGCAACGGUGGGAGUGGAAGUGGUAGUGGUGGCGAGGGAGACGAGAGUGGUGGAAGGGAGCUGUUGCCUCGAUCGAAUCCGGUUUCCGCUCCCCCGUCCAGAUCCCCGACGAUCAAGCGGAGCUCGUCGAACAAGCUGCGGCAGUUCUCGCAGGAGCUGAAGGCGGAGGCGGUGGCGAAGGCGAGGCAGUUCUCGCAUGAGUUGAAGGCGGAGCUGAGGAAGUUUUCGUGGAGCCACAGGGCGUCUCGCAACUCUUCGCAGCAGCCGCAGAACAAUAACAAUGGCGGCAGUGUUUCCGCUGGAUUCGACUCCGCCCUCGCCGCUCGAGCUAUGAGGAAGCAGCGAGCUCAGCUGGACCGGACCAGGUCCAGCGCUCAGAAGGCCCUCCGCGGUCUCAAAUUCAUCAGCAACAGGAAAUCGCAAGGCAUCGAGGCGUGGAACGAAGUCCAGCACAACUUCGAUAAGCUCGCCAAGGACGGUUACCUCUACCGCUCCGAUUUCGGGCAAUGCAUAGGGAUGAGGGAUUCCAAGGAGUUUGCACUCGAACUGUUCGACGCAUUGGGCAGGAGAAGGAGGUUGAAGGUGGAGAAGAUUAGCAGGGACGAGCUGUACGAGUUCUGGUCACAAAUCACCGAUGAUAGCUUCGAUUCACGGCUCCAGAUCUUCUUCGAUAUGGUGGACAAGAACGAGGAUGGCCAAAUUGGAGAGGAAGAAGUAAAAGAGAUUAUUAUGUUAAGCGCUUCGGCGAACAAAUUGUCAAGAUUAAAGGAACAAGCAGAAGAAUAUGCAGCUUUGAUCAUGGAAGAGUUGGACCCUGAAAGACUUGGCUACAUCGAGCUAUGGCAACUGGAGACACUUCUUCUACAGAAGGACACGUAUCUAAACUACAGUCAAGCACUGAGCUACACGAGCCAAGCCUUGAGCCAGAACUUGCAAGGGCUAAGAAGGAGGAGCCCAAUAGUGCGGAUGCGGACAAGGUUCCUCUACUUUUUGGGAGAGAACUGGAAGAGAAUCUGGGUGUUAACUUUAUGGAUCAUGAUCAUGAUCGCCCUCUUCACAUGGAAGUUCUUUCAGUACAAGCAGAAGAAUGCUUUCAAGGUCAUGGGUUAUUGUCUCCUGACGGCCAAAGGUGCGGCAGAGACAUUGAAGUUCAACAUGGCCCUUAUUCUCCUGCCGGUGUGUAGGAACACCAUCACUCGCCUCAGGUCCACACGGCUUGCUUAUCUUGUGCCUUUCGACGACAAUAUUAACUUUCACAAGACUGUCGCCGCAGCAAUCGUAGUUGGUGUUAUUCUACACGUUGGAAACCACCUUGCCUGUGAUUUCCCGAGGCUGGAGCGCGCAUCGGUGGUGGACUACAAUCUGUACCUCAGAAAUGACUUUGGAGACCAUAAACCAAGUUACUUCAAAUUAGCUAGAGGAGUAGAGGGUGUAACCGGAAUUCUUAUGGUGAUCUUCAUGAUCAUUGCAUUUACACUGGCAACGACAUGGUUCAGGCGCAACCUUAUUAAGCUCCCUAAACCAUUCAACAGAAUUACCGGGUUCAAUGCCUUCUGGUACUCACACCACCUAUUUGUCAUCGUCUAUGUCUUGCUGGUUGUCCAUGGUAUAUUCCUCUACCUUGUUCAUCACUGGUACCAAAAAACGACGUGGAUGUAUCUCUCUGUUCCCGUCUUGCUCUAUGCCGGAGAAAGGGCCCUCAGGUUUUUCCGCUCUGGCUCAUACACAGUCCGGCUUUUGAAGGUUGCUAUAUAUCCCGGAAAUGUGCUCACAUUGCAAAUGUCCAAGCCAAAUCAAUUUCGGUACAAGAGUGGACAGUACAUGUUUGUUCAGUGCCCUGCGGUUUCUCCAUUUGAAUGGCACCCAUUUUCAAUCACCUCUGCUCCUGGGGAUGAUUACCUAAGCGUUCACAUUAGGCAACUAGGCGACUGGACCCAGGAACUCAAAAGGGUAUUCUCUGAGGCAUGCGAGCGCCCUGUUGCAGGGAAGAGCGGCCUUCUUAGAGCUGAUGAAACCACCAAGAAAAGUUUGCCAAGGCUGUUGAUAGAUGGGCCUUACGGUGCCCCUGCACAAGAUUACCGGAAAUACGAUGUCUUGUUACUUGUUGGUCUGGGAAUUGGGGCAACUCCUUUCAUUAGCAUUCUCAAAGACUUGCUUAACAACCUUGUGAAGGAAGAGCAGUCGGAUUCAAUAUCAGAAGUCAGCAGAACAUCGGACGUUAGCUAUGCCAGCACUGAUGGCAUGAGACGGAAAAAGGCGUUGAAGACCACGAACGCUUACUUCUACUGGGUGACGAGGGAACAAGGCUCCUUUGAUUGGUUCAAAGGGGUGAUGAAUGAGAUUGCAGACCAAGAUCAACAGGGGGUGAUUGAGAUGCAUAAUUACUUAACCAGUGUGUAUGAAGAAGGCGAUGCUCGAUCAACCCUCAUUACCAUGGUGCAGGCCUUGAACCAUGCAAAGAAUGGUGUGGAUAUUGUCUCUGGAACCAGGGUGCGAACCCAUUUCGCAAGGCCUAACUGGAAAAAGGUGCUGUCAAAACUAAGUUCCAAGCACUGUAAUGCAAGGAUAGGGGUAUUCUACUGUGGGGCACCUGUUCUAGCACAAGAACUGGGCAAGCUCUGCUACGAAUACAAUCAGAAAGGGUCUACCAAGUUCGACUUUCACAAAGAGCAUUUCUAAGGGGAAAAGGCGUUGUACUAGGUGUCUCAGGUUGCACAUAGACAUCAUUUCCACCACUCCUUGCCUCUACAUAUACGUAAGAGCAUUUCUUGCAAUAAACCCAGAGUAGCUUUGUAUAGCAUCCAGAAUAGUGAGAUGAAAGAAAGCAGAAAAUUCCAACAAAAAAAAAAGAGGAGCGAGCCAGAAGGGAAACAAAACACAGAAUGUAGAUAGGUAUAUAUAUUACAGCAGAAAGCUGAGCGAUUCCGGUCGGCGGACAGUCUGGUCAUCAAUCAGUUUUUCAGCCAGUAAAUUAGUAGUAAGCUAGAUAGGCUGCGUGGAUGCAGCCAGCCAGUAAUUGGUGCUUGGAGGAGAGUGGAAUUACAGCUGCAAUGGUGAUCCAAAAAGUCUGCAGAAAGCUUGUUUGGGGGAAUGGAUGGAGGAUUAUGAUUCAAGUGGACCAAGUGGAAGUGUCCUCUGUAGGGUUACUACUUUCUACACAGGAGGCUUCAUUGGCAAACAUUCUGAAUGGAAUGGUGGGGGGAAUAUACAGUUUUGAGACGGGAGGUAGGUAUUCAAUAUUUAUGGGUCCUACCAGAAGCGUGGGAGUCGGAUAUUGGAGAUGGGAAAUAGGGGGAUGAGCUAAUUUUGUCUUCCAUUUCGCUUGGUUGCAUAUUAUUAUUUCUUUUUUGUCAAAACUUGUUUGUCCUCAAUGGGAACAGCCGCAGGCAGGGAAGAAGAAGAAGUAUGUUACUCCUUCCUUACUACAGAAUGUGUAUUUGAGAUUGAGUAUGAAUGCUUGCUGGGGACGCACAGUGCAAAGACCUGUCGUCUCCAUCAGCAUGAUUCUGCGCUUUCUAUGCUAUUAAAGCAAGAUGAAUUUGUAUAUGCAAAUACCAGUCACUGUAUUUCUUGCUCCAUAGAUUAUUAUUUGGUUGGUUAGUUCCAUUUGAGUGGACUGUUAUCAUAUCAAUUAGUACCUAUUACAGG